AUGAGCGGCCCCAUCAACAUCGGAUCGGACGGCGAGUGGCAGACGCUGCUGUCGGGAACCACCGUCGUCGUCGCAGAUUUCUACGCCGAUUGGUGCGGUCCCUGCAAGAUGAUUGCGCCGCACUUUGAGCGCCUCUCCAAGGAACACUCGCGCCCGAACAAGGUGGCCUUUGCCAAGGUCAACGUCGACAACCAAGCCAACAUCGCCCGCACCAACGGCGUCACUGCCAUGCCCACGUUCAAGAUCUUCCACAACGGCACGGCCGUCGAGACCAUCCGCGGCGCCAACCCGUCGGCCCUGACCGAAGCCAUCACAAAGGCCGUCUCGCUCAGCGACGGCGGCAAAGUCGAGGACGUGUUCAAGACUCCCGGCAGGACGCUCGGCGGCGACGGUCCCAUCCCCGGCCAGGGCCGUCACUGGAGCGUGACGCUGCUGCUCAACAUCGUCAUGAUCGUUGCUCUUCACGAGCCAAAAGAUGUAUCAAGAAUCCAAUCUUUGGAAGAAAUUGAAAAAGUUGUUCGAGAAGCAAAACAGCGCUUUCGAGACACGCUUCCGAAGGGCUAUCUCAACGACGAGGAGUAUGCACUCUACGAACGGCUAUAUGGCCCACCACUUCGUGAGACUGCCCCAGAAGAUGUUGGAAUUCCAACUCACGCGGAUAUGGGAGGCCAGUCAUCACGAGUGAAUGAUGAAAGGACGUUGUUGCGGCAAUUGGAAGAAGGGGGCUUUGAAGAAGUCACCUACGAACUGCCUUACCAGCAGAGUGAUGUUGCGGAGGCAUCUUUGAAGUCUGAGCAACCCUUGGCAUCUGAUGCUGCACUAGACACUAUUGAAGAGUCACCGGGCUACGUUGAUGCGGUGGCAAGAAACCCAAGGGAGCAUGAGGCGUUGCAGCGACUGAUGCAGGAUUUCAAGGCGGCGCAACAAAAACAAAUAGAGGAUGAGAUUGCAGCAGCGAGGGAAGAAGCUGAAGCAGAGCAGGAAGCAUAUGAAAUGGAUGAGGAGGAUGAACUAUUCGAGGAACCAGACCAGACUACGGAUAGCCUGGAGAGGGACAUGAGCCUGGGCGAGACACGGCGAUUCCAUCCUUUCACUCUGCAGGGCAGAUUCCAUGGAAGCCCAGUCGAAAUUGCACUACCCCAAGGCGCGCUCGUUACACCUAUUCGGGACCUUUUGGACCGAACUCAUUUGAGCCACGUCAAGACGGCCGCCGAAGCAGCCUUUGGUGGCCAAGGACUGCCGACUUCGCCGUCAACGCCGGAAGGAAGAAAAAACGGACAGAUGGGUGGCGUCGGUUUGCCCCCUGAUCAAAGACACAUGACGGAGAUUGAGGCGGAUGCGUUUCUCGCUGGUUAUCUCCCCCCUGCUUACGCCUCUGUCACCUCAGUCUUGCGAGAAGUGCGGAGGCGGCUGGGAAGUGGUUGGAUUCAAGAGCGACUCAAAAAGAACGAAAACGCAGGCCUCAGCGUAUUGGAUGCCGGAGCUGGCGGAGCUGGCCUCGUUGCCUGGGAGCAAAUCCUCAAUACGGAGUGGGAUCUGCUGAGAGAAAAAGGCGAAGUGACGGGUUCGCAACCCCCAGGGAGAAAAACUGUCAUCACUGGAUCAGAUCGUCUGCGUCACAGACUGAAAGGCUUCCUCCACAAUACGACCUUUUUGCCUCGACUGCCAGAUUAUGAACACUCGGGAGAGAUGCAAGGCGAGCAUCUCGAUGCUGGCAGUAAGCCGCAGCCUCGAAAAAGCUAUGAUCUCAUCAUCGCUUCUCAUCUCUUCCUCAAGGAGAAGCAGGAUCAUUACCGUCAGGCCAUCCUGAACAACCUUUGGACUCUACUGAAUAAAGAUGGCGGGGUGCUCAUCGUUAUUGAAAAAGCCCAUCCCCGCGGGUUUGAAGCUGUCGCUCAUGCCCGAGAUACACUCCUGAAGCAGUUUCUCCUACCACAAAACGGCGAGCCCAGUAUCCCGACGGAAGAGCUAAACCCGGCAUUCCACAAGGAGCGGGAAGCUGGUCACAUUAUUGCACCAUGCACCAACCACGGAACGUGUCCUAUGUAUAAAGAAGCUGGCAAGAGCAAGGGUCGAAAGGAUUACUGCUAUUUUAACCAGCGGUUUACACGGCCCACCUUUUAUACCAAGAUGCUGGGCAACAGCUCAAACAGCCAGGGCGACGUAGAGUUUAGCUAUGUGGCAAUACAGCGUGGCCGCUCAAAGAAAGACCAGCUUCCAGGAUGGAAGGCCACCGAACUAGCGUUUGCAGGAUACGAAAACUCCCAGGAGAGUCCGGAUAUGCAGACACUGCCCAGAAUGGUCUUGCCGCCAUUAAAACGCAAAGGCCACGUCACCCUGGAUGUCUGCACGCCUGAAGGCAAGAUUGAACGAUGGACGGUGCCCAAGAGCUUCAGCAAGCUCGCCUACCACGAUGCAAGAAAAUCCCACUGGGGCGAUCUCUGGGCCCUGGGCGCCAAGACGAAGGUUUCUCGAAGCGUGCGCGUGGGCAGCGGAGCAGAUGAUGGUGGCAAACGAGCUGAAGGCGGCAAGAAGCCUCGCAAGGUCGAGAUUACAAUGGACGGAGGCCGUCUGUCGGCCAACGAGAAGAAUGCGCGCAAGGAACGCCGGACCAAGGGCAAGCGGGCUAAGCAGACUGACCUGAUUAAGGAGAUUUUAGAGAUGGAGGACUUGGAAGAGCAAGAGAUUGAGAGGGAGAUGGACGCAGAGGUGGAGGAAGAGUUGAGAGUGGAAGACGAAGACACGCGGAGGAAGAGGUGA